UGUCUACUCUCCUCCUUCCCUCCCCCUGACGGAGGCGGUUCACGGUCGUGGAGCUCAGGGAGCCGCCGUGAUCCAGUGCCCCAGAAAAGCGCUGCGUCGUCCCGGACAGAGACUCAACGCCGCGCUCUUGUCAUUUCAACCGCUGUCGAGUCAGAGGCAGAGGAGUCGGCGUGAAAGAAGACGGUUAAUCCACGCUCGCCUCGUCAAGGCCCCUUCCCUUUCUUCUUCUCGAGCACAGAGAGCACAGCACAGGACAGGGACUCAGCCAGAAGGCUGCCAGGAAUAUCUCCCCCGUGUCUUCUUCUUUGACAUUCGCCCCAGAAAUGGACGGUUUCGCCGGCAGUUUAGACGACAGUAUCUCUGCAGCCAGCGCGUCGGACGUGCAGGACCGGCUGUCGUCCCUGGAGCUGCGGGUCCAGCAGCAGGAGGAUGAGCUCACGGUGAUGAAGGCGGCGCUGGCCGAUGUUCUCAGACGCCUCGCGCUGUCUGAGGACUCAGCAGCCAAGAAACAGCAGAGCACCAAAGGUCAGACCCCACUGCGUGAGGCCUUCUCCAUGUCCUGUAUUGCUAACGGCAGCUCCAGCAGCCGUAAGUCCCACAGAGACAGUUCCACGGUCUCCGUAGCCAGGAAAGAGACACUGUCCUCCGCAGCCAAGAGUGGUGGAGAGAAGAAAAAAGACAAGCCUCCGAUGGAGGGGAUCAAGGAGAAGGAAGAGCCACCACAAGCUAACGAUAAACCCCCUUCAACACCCAGCACUCCCCAGGCACCUUCCCCCCCCAGCCACCCCCCUUCCCCACACCCCCUACAGCCUCAGAGACCAGCACUGGAGAGCAAAGGGCCCUCCCCAGCCAAAAGCAGGGGCCACAGUGCGAAGCGGGGUGGAGGAAUAGAGCGUUCUCAGAGCAGCACAUGGGAGAGCGGGGAGGAAAGCAGAAACAAGCUGGUCAAAGCUGCCUCCACCUCCAAACUGCUGGCCAAAGUUGUGAAGAAUGCAGAGAAACACAGAGAUCCAGUUAUCAGCCAAGCCAAAAUGUCAACUCGUGAGAAAAACAGUCAAGAGGGUGACUAUAUCAAAAUGUUUAUGCGAGGACGUCCCAUCACCAUGUUCAUCCCAUCUGAUGUAGAGAACUAUGAAGAUGUCCGAACCGAGCUUCCCUCAGAGAGGCUCAAACUGGAGUGGGUAUAUGGCUAUAGGGGGCGAGACUGCAGAGCAAAUGUUUAUCUGUUGCCUACAGGGGAGAUAGUGUACUUCAUUGCCUCAGUGGUUGUACUAUUCAACUAUGAUGAGCGGACACAGCGGCAUUACUUAGGACACACUGAUUGUGUCAAAUGUCUUGCUGUUCAUCCAGAUAAGAUACGUAUUGCCACAGGACAGAUUGCAGGAGUGGACAAGGAUGGCAGGCCUCUGCAGCCUCAUGUAAGAGUGUGGGACUCUGUCACUCUGAACACCCUGCAGGUCAUUGGCCUGGGUACCUUUGAGAGAGGAGUGGGAUCCCUCGCUUUCUCUAAAGCUGACUCUGGCACCCACCUCAGCGUGAUUGACGACUCCAAUGAGCACAUGCUGACUGUGUGGGACUGGCAGAAGAAGUCGAAAAUCGCUGAAAUUAAGACAACCAAUGAAGUGGUCUUAGCAGUUGAGUUUCACCCCACAGACGCCAACACCAUUGUCACCUGUGGCAAAUCACAUAUCUUUUUCUGGACAUGGAGUGGCAACUCUCUGGCUCGCAAGCAGGGCAUCUUUGGGAAAUAUGAGAAGCCCAAGUUCGUCCAGUGUUUGGCCUUCCUUAAUAAUGGAGACAUCCUGACUGGAGACUCGGGAGGCGUCCUGCUGAUCUGGACCCGCAGCACAGUGGAACCGGCCCCAGGCAAAGGACCCAAAGGAGCAUUUCAGAUAACUCGUCAAAUUAAGGCCCAUGACGGCAGUGUGUUCACGCUGUGUCAAAUGAGAAAUGGCACACUGCUGACUGGAGGAGGCAAAGACCACAAGAUCAUCCUGUGGGACCAUGACCUCAACCCAGAGAGAGACAUAGAGGUUCCCGAUCAGUAUGGUACCAUCCGAGCCGUGGCUGAAGGGAAGGGGGAGCAGUUCCUAGUGGGCACAUCACGUAACUUCAUCCUGAGGGGAACAUUCAAUGAUGGGUUUCAAGUAGAAGUACAGGGUCACACAGAUGAACUCUGGGGUCUGGCCACUCACCCAUUCAAGGACCUGUUCCUCACCUGUGCCCAGGACAGGCAAGUGUGUCUGUGGAACGCAGUGGACCACUCUCUGGAAUGGACCAGACUUCUGGAUGAGCAUGGUCACUGUGCGGACUUCCAUCCUAGUGGUGCUGUGGUUGCCAUUGGUACUCACUCAGGGAAGUGGUAUGCUCUGGACGCUGAGACUAGGGACCUGGUGGCCAUCCACACAGAUGGGAAUGAGCAGCUGUCAGUAAUGCGCUAUACUAUAGAUGGCACACUCCUGGCAGUGGGAUCACACGAUAACUUCAUUUACCUCUACACAGUGUCUGAUAAAGGACGCAAGUACAGCAGAUACGGGAAAUGCACUGGACAUUCCAGCUACAUUACGCAUCUUGACUGGUCCCCCGACAACAAGUUCAUCAUGUCCAACUCAGGAGACUAUGAAAUCCUCUACUGGGACAUUCCAAAUGGCUGUAAGCUAAUUCGUAAUCGCUCUGAGUGUAAGGACAUCGACUGGGCCACCUAUACCUGUGUGCUGGGAUUCCAUGUCUUUGGAGUGUGGCCAGAAGGUUCAGAUGGAACCGACAUCAAUGCUUUGGUGAGAUCUCACAAGAGGAAGGUGAUCGCUCUGGCUGAUGACUUCUGCAAAGUGCAUCUCUUCCAGUACCCCUGCUCCAGACCUAAGGCACCAAGCCAUAAGUACAGUGCCCACAGCAGUCAUGUGACUAAUGUGAGCUUCUUGCACAAAGACGGUCAUCUGAUAUCUACAGGCGGUAAGGACACUAGUAUCAUGCAGUGGCGUCUGGUGGAGAAGACGCCCACCCUGGUGCCCAGCGACUCCAGCCUUGGCCUCACCGACUCCCUUCUGCACAACUCAAGCCCCCGCAGCCUGGCCCCUGUUCCUGCCAUACCCCAGUCUCCCUGCAAGCCAGUGGCAGUGCCCGACUCUUUGCCCCUCGGUGACACGCAGCCAGACACCAACACGCCACCCCCAACACCCUUGGAGCCUACCACCAAUGGACAGCAAGAGGGCUCACCUGAAACACCACCUCCUUCGGAUGAGGCCACACCCACCUCUGACAGCACCCUGAGCCCAAAGGACAGCCUGGAGCCUAGCGAUGACACAGCCACACCCAGCGAUGAGGGCACACCCUUCAGCCCACCCUCAUAAAGCUUUGUUGAUGAGGUGAUGGUGGCUUGCUGCCCCUCUCCUCCUCCAGAGUUCUCUUGUCUGCUCCUCUUAGAGUGCUCCACCAGAGGCACUAGCAUGUCACUGCACCAUUGCUGUGGCAGGUUGGAGUACAUAAACAGAGGUUCUUUAAGUUUUACUCUUUUCAGGUUCUUUUUCUAUUUCUUUCAUUGUCGGUUUAUUUGUUGGAGAGGGAGAAAAGAUGAAUGAAGUAUGGUUACGUGCUGCCCAAGAGGAAUCAUACUCGGAGUAUGUAGAAAGCCUUCGGAGAUAUGGAAACAGACACUAACAUGCCUGUAUACACUGAUGCACACAAACACUACCACAGACACCAUUUCACUCCUACUUACUCCAUCUCUCUCAAAUACACACAAAGACACAUACUUCCUUUGGCAACUGUGACCUCUAGACACAUACUGGGGGUAGAGAUAAACAGUUUUUCAAAAACUUAGACAAAUUUUAUUUCUUAGCAUACAUGAAGUUGUCAGCUAUUAGCACCAUACAGAGACCUACAGACAAAAAUGCAGACGAGGGCACAUACCAGGGCAACAGAAUUAGAUUGGUGCAGUAAGUGAUUAACUUUUUUUUUUAAACAUAGGAUAAAAUAUUAAUCAGCCAUUAUAACUGCAAAAUGAUACUUUGUUGAAAUUAGUAAAAUUCUGUGUAUGUUCAUCUUUAGACUAUAAAAUCAUAUGGAGUUUUAAAAGUAUUUUGUGAAAAUGCCUGCAUAGCAUAUGUACCUGAGCCAAGAAUUGUUUAAAAAAAAAAGAAAAAAAAGAAAAAAAAAAUGCCAGGCAGGUAUCCCUGGCACAUUGGCUGGACUCAGCUCACUCACUGAUUGCUUUGGCUUCUUCUCUAUACAGAUCAAGCUGUGUCCAGUGAUUGGCAAGAAGCUGAUAAUUGGCACCUCAUUGAGUUACUACCAUAAACAGCAAAUCAUAUUUAACAACACAGCUACUCUCUCUCUCUCUGUCACACUUACACACAGUCACUUUCACCAUCAUGUAAACACAACAUGGGGUCACUACACACAGGUGUGUAAGCCUGACCUGCCUCCACGUACAGUUCUCCAUAGGCAUGGUUUGUUCUUGUUGUCAUCUUCUGCUGGACUCUUCGGUUUCUGAAGCUCUGUCUCUUGCACACAGUUCAGCACGUCUGUAUGAACGUCAUCUGCAUGCACAGAGAUGGCCGAUCACCCAACCAUCAACUUCGUUUUUUUUUUCCAACUGACCCAAUCUGUACUCCUCAUAUUCAUAUGCUCCAUUUUUAGCCCUUUCCUUUUCCCGUUUGGGCUGAAUUGCUUUAGGUCGCAUUUUGGGACUUUUUUUUGCCGCUCUAUUCAUUGGACUGAAUGUUUUGUUUUUUUUUAUCUUUGAGAGAAAAAAAGAUUAAAAAGUCUUAAAGGUGUGUGUGUGUGUGUGUGUGUGUGUGUGUGUGUGUGUGUGUGUGUGUGUGCACGUGGAUGUAUGAGCUGAUGUUUUUUUUGUUUUUCAUUCCACAAGAGGGUGUUCACCUUUCCUCCCUCCUUCCUUCCCUCCCUCCCAUGACAACUCAGGAUCACUCGCCUUGCCAGCAAGAGCACGUGUGUGUGAGAGAGAGAAAGAGAGAUGGUGGGAGGAUGAUAUCGCUCUCAUUUACCCUCCUCUUCUUUCUAUCUCAGUGCUAGCAUUUUCCCCUCAUGACUUCAGCAGCGCAUUGUGUGAAGGAGAAUAGGCUGAGUGAUAAAGAUUAAAACAAACAUUUUUGUAUUAAACCUCGACUAUGAUGUGGAUGUGCAUGCCUGCCUGCACUAGUAGCAUGCAUGUCCCUUCACACUGAGGUUGCGUGUGUCCCCGGCAAUACUUGAGAAAUGCCUUUUGAAGGCUAUGGGAGCAGUCUCAAGUGUGCUGCACUUGGUCCUGACAGGUGAUGCCCCCAAACUUAUGAAGAUCAGCUCCUGUGACGGCAUCUUUUGUACGGUUGCAGCAUUGCAAGGUACUGAGAGGGAUGUUUGUGGUUAAACUGAAUGUGUAUAAAGGCACGAGGUCUGGUAGUAAAGCAUGUUUUACCACCAGACAGUAGGAUCCACAUGCAGUAUUGGGAAGCCUGGAUCAAAUACAUACUGUAAACUGUUUGUGAACGACAGCUACAUGUGAUAACACAACAGCAGUCAGUAUUUGAUGGUAUAUAGUAGACUGCAGAGAAUGCUCUGUUUAUGUAUUUGAUGCAGGUGUAGUUGUAGGUGAAGUGCAUGUUUGAGAAGGCCUCUAUGGCAUUAGCAGUGUUUGAGAUAGAUGGAAUGUAAAGACAAUGUCUGGUUGUCUUACCAAGUCUUGCAGUGUGGUGUAUCACUGCAGCAGCGCUGUUGCUGCAGCCUCCCGUCUCCAGCUGGUCUGCAGUUACCUUUUUCUAGUCCUUUUUUUGUAUGGCUUUUUUGGAUUGCUCACGUUUUUAAAUGUGUUUUGGUGUUUGCUGAGAAUGUCUGUUGGAUUUUCAUAGGUACAUUUUGUAUCUGCUUUUGCUGUCCUGUAUAGCUUUAGUGCAAAAUGGCACUGUUCCCUUACUCAGGGUCUGACCUGGUCACUCUCGUCUCUCUCUCUUUUUCUCUAGCUACUCAUCACCUCCUCAGUAGCCCACCUACACACAGGCACACGCACACAAAAACACACAGGAGCACAUGUCAGCAUUUAAUAGAAAAAAAAUACAGCAAACCAUUUUCACUCUGCAGACAACGAGACAACCUUGGCCUUUUAUCACAUGGGCGUCUCUCAUGAGUUUUAGGCUAACUUCAGGAGAGAUUUCCCAAAACCGCCAUUUCCAGACGCCAUGUGCACAUUUAAGUCUGGCUACUUUGUGUAUAUAGUAGUUCCUCUGUAUGUAUAUAACUUUAUGGGAAUGCUUUCUUUACAAUGCCUUGGUCGUAAUGAAGAGCAUGUUUGGAUAUUGACUUUUGGGGUAAUUCUGGUGUCAGUGGUGCUGUGGCACAACACGCUUCUAGGGGGAAAAAAAAGAAAACUGAGGAUGAAAUCUCAAAUCAGCAAGUGCUGUCCUUGGCUCGAUGAAGGCUCUUCCUGGAUGUUGUUUAUUUUGGAAAUGCUUUUGAUAUGUUUUUGACCCAGUGUGUGCCUCUAGGACGCUUACUGGUGGAACUUUUUUAAAUCCAGUAAAGGUGACUUAAGACAACUCUGUUACCUGAAGUGGGUUUGCCAAAGGGGCUUUAAUCAGGAAUGUUUCUUGAAUGUUGCUUAGUUGAGUGGCCUUGCCAUGUGUCCUCUGUAAACGGGUGUGGAAUAUGGAUGUUUCUGUAGCUUAAGUCUUCUGGGUGGAUUGGUUUUUAAUUGAAGAGGUGAUUUUUUUUUUUUUUUUUUUUUUUUAAAGAUAAUAGUUGGAUGUUCUUAUUUAGUAGUACCUUCCUACAAUUCAAAUAGUGCUAUGGAUGCAUCCAUAGAUGGCUUCUGUGCUUAGUGGACACGUCAGAAGGUCAGUGUCCAGUCUUUUAGUGACCAGACUGUUUGAUUUCUUAGGGUCUGUAUUUCUGAAGGACACAUACAGUCUCCCAUCUCUGCGAGAGAUGGGCUCGUAUCCAAAAAGCACAGGGAGAGAGAAAGAGGAGGAGAGAGGGAGGCAGUGCAAACUGGAGUGGAAAAAUACAACUCUUCUGGAAUGGUCUGUAUUCCCAGCCGCUGAUUGUUUCCACACGAGCCCUGGACUCAACUUCCCAGAAUGCUUUGCAAAUUGCCAGUUGUCAGAUCAAUUCCUCAUUGGAUAGAGGGUGGGGGAGGAAGUCAGCAUUCAUACGAAAACUUUUUGUGAUAAAAACAAUGAAGAUGGUGAUGACCCAUAUCGAUGAUGAUGAUGAUAAAAAUGAUAUAUCAAGAAAUAUGAACUUUUUUUUUUCUUUUUCUUGUAACAGUGUUUGAGCCAAUCUGUCUCUCAUGCAUUCCUGUCUAUGGGCAGAAAAAACGGAAGAUUUUAGAAAAUAAACAGUCAUUUUAAAAUUGA